AAUUUUUUAAAAAUAUAUAAAAAAUUGUUGUUUGUUUUUUUUUUUUAUAUUUAUUAUAAUAACAGAGAAUAAAAAAAACAAAUCAAAAAAAUAAAAUGUUUUUAUUAAAACUUAUAUGUUAUUUAAUUUUGUUUUAUUUUAUUCGUACUUUUAUUAUUUUAAAUAAAAAAAUCAAUAAAAAAGAACCAAAUGGCCCAUUAGCAUUACCAUUAAUUGGGAAUAUUCAUCAAUUUAAAAAAGCUCCUCACCAUUUGAUAACAAAGAUGGAAAAAGAAUUUGGAAAUAAAGGUAUUGUUAGAAUUUACAUUGGUGAUACAAAAGCUUUUUUCAUAUCAGAUUUAGAGUUAAUAAAAGAAAUUUUUAUUCACAAUUGGGAGUUAUUCAAUAAUAGACCAAAAACACCAACUCUUAACAUUGGAACAAAUGGUUAUCGUGGUAUCAAUGGAGCACAUGGGGAAUGUUGGGAAAAAAACAAAAAAAUAAUUUCUAAAGCAAUUAGAAAAGCCAACAUUAAACAUAUCUAUAGUUUAUUGGAUACUCAAGUCGAAGAGUUAAUCAAAUCAAUGUCAACCUAUGAAACAAAAAAAACUAAUUUUAAUCCCAAACUUUAUAUUAGAAAAUUUGUUUUGUCGACAAUGUUAAAAUAUAUAUUUAAUGAAAAACUUCCUUUAGACGAUGAUCUUAAAUCAGGGAGUGUUUACAAGCUAACAAAUGAAAUGGAAAAAAUAUUCAAAUUAUUGAGUGUUAGCAGAUUAGGUGACCAUGUUAAAAUAUUUCAAUCAAUUUUUUAUUAUUAUUUAAAAAAAACAGAUAAAAACUUUAAAACUCUAAAAAACUUAAUAAUAGAAAAAUAUAAUGAACAUUUAAAGAGUUUUAAUAAAGAAAGCCCCAGAGAUUUAUUAGAUAUUUUAAUAGAUAACUAUGAAAUGUCAACAAAUAUGGAUGAUAUAUUAAAUAUAACCCAAGUUACACUAGAUAUAUUUUUAGCUGGUACUGAUACAUCAUCAAACUCAUUAGUUUGGUUAAUUUUAAAAUUAGUUAAUUAUCCAGAGCAUCAAGAAAAAGCAUACAAUGAAAUAAAAAAUGCAAUCCAAAAUGGAAGAGAUAAGGUUUUGUUAUCAGAUAGACCUAAUACACCAUAUCUUCAAGCAAUUAUAAAAGAGGUAUAUAGAAUGCAUCCCAUAGUUGUAUUUGGUUUACCUAGAUUAAAUAACCAAGAUGUCUAUAUAAAAGAUCACUUUAUUCCAAAAAAUAGUUAUGUUUUUAUAAACUAUCAUAGCAUUGGAUAUAAUGAAAAUUACUAUAACAAUCCAUGUUAUUUCGAUCCUUCUAGAUUUUUAGGACCAACCCCAGAAACACACUUCCCUUUUGGUUUAGGACCAAGAAACUGUUUAGGUCAACAAUUAGCCCAAGAUCAAAUAUAUCUAUGCAUUGCAAACAUUUUAUUAAAGUUCAAAUUAUUACCUAUUGAUGGUAAUUUUAUUGAUGAAAAUGAAAAUUUUGGCUUAACGAUGAGACCAAAUGAUUUUAAAAUCAAUUUAGAGUCAAGAUAGUUAUUUGGUUUAAAAAAUAUAAAAAUAAAAAUUGGUUUACUUAUUUUUUAUUU